AUGUCAGCAGAAGACGAUUUAGAUGAGGUGUAUGAGGAGUUGGAAAGGACGCGGUCUGAGGUAGACACGGCCGCUCUGAAGGAACUCAUGAUCAGACAAGAAGCCGAGGCCAAGAACAGAGCCCGAACACAGAUGUACGAUUUACUUACGCAUGAUAUUGCGCUUGCUAGGAGAUGGUUGUUCGCAAUUGCAAACGAUGCAAUUCAUAUGGACAAGGACGGCAGUCUAACUCCUUACGAUAACGCUAAUCCCCCAAGAUCUCCCUUGACCGGAAAUAGUCUGAGUGAAGUCGAACAUGUUCUUGAGCAAUGGGUGAAAUAUCCAAAAUCCAUCAACGGACGCCAUAGACUCGAAGAUGGAUUAGAGACAGAACUUGAUGUUAGGGAGCUGGUUGUGAGAACUGCGCGGCGUCUUCAAAGCGACUGCUUUCGACUGUUAAACGUAGUUGGCUUCCUUGCCGGGCGGAAAAUGGAUUUAACUACUGAGCACGUCGACUGGAUGGUACCAUAUCUGGAAGGCCAACUCAAACUUUUGAAAGGAGAGUAUGAAUGCUUCAGACAGGAACCUAAAGCGUAUCAGACUCACGAUCUCGACGCGUUAGCAGCCAGGCAUGCGGCAGAUCGUAAGCUCUCUUUGGAGGCAAGAAUUGUGCUAGGCAGGCCAUUGGUAGAUUUUGAGGAGCCCGAAUUUGCUCAUGAUGAUGAAGAAACUUCCUUCGAAGAAAACGAGGAGAACAGGAUACGCAGAUCCAGAAGCAGUUCUGCGAUUGAUCAUGUCAGUCCAAAAACGCCACUACUCCACCAUAAUGGCGAGAAUGGCCAUUCGAUGGAGUUUGAAAUGAACGACACAAUCCAGCAGCAAGGAAUUAUUUUCCCAGGCCACAACGGCCAUAAGCAGGAGUUUAAUAGUGAAAUUCUUGCUCCUGAUGUGCUGGCGCGGAUUAGAAACCACACAGAGAAGCUGAUCAAGAGUAAGAAUGCCACAGAAGGGCGCUUGAUGAAGGCUUUGGAUAUCAGUGAAAGAUUAUCAAGAGAAAAUGAAGUUCUUAGAAUGAAGCUUGCAAGCCGGUCAGCUCAGUUUCAAAACGGACAAGAAGUACGACAAACGUCGCCAAGGCAGACCACCACGCUCCUGGAAGAGUUCAAGGAGAAUGCAGUCAUGGAGAGGCAUUUUAGCCGUGGCAAAUCAAUAGAAGAGAAUAUUCGAGCGGAACGAGACUUUCAAGUCGAGAGGGAGCGGCUAGCGAAACAAUUGUCGGAGUUCGAGGAAUGGUAUCGAGCGACGAGAGAAGAAGAGGCUCAACUUGGACUUCGAAGAGAGGAGAGUAGAGUCCAUGCAGGCCAUGACGAGUUGCUGAAGGAACUCAAUCAGAACAUCAAAAAUCUUGAGAUCGCGAGAGAAAGUGCUUGGGUCAAUUUCGUGGCCCAGAUAGAUGGAAUAAGCGAGAGCGACAGGAGGAUAUGGAGAGCACUCAGAGGCGUGACAACGUGGAAUGGUUCAAUACCAAUCAGAGAAUCUGCCACCAAAGUUUCAGCGCAAUCCAAUUCGGAGUGUCUCUACUGCGACAAAAGUGUUUGCAGAGGAUGUAGUGGAGAUGGCACAGGAUACGAUAAGCCUUGGUUGGCCCUGUAA